GUGAUGACGUCUCAGAGAAGGCAUGUCUCGUAAGACAAAAUGUUGUGAACGUAAGCCGUAUGUUUAAGUCUGGGGUAAAGGCGAAAUGGAGCGCAGUACAAAAAGAAGACAGGUGAAGCCGUUGGCAGCUUCUCUGUUGGAAGCUUUGGAUUAUGAUAGUUCAGAUGACAGUGAUUUUGAAGUUGGAGAUGCUUCAGAUUCUGAUGGAAGUGGCAAUGCAAGUGAGGAAGAAUCAAAAGACAUUGAGGAGGGUUCUGGUAGUGAUGCAGAAGAUGCUAUGUUGGAAGAAAACUCAGAAGGUAAAGAACUUAUAGAAGAGGAGGAGGAGGAUGAUGAUGAAGAGGAAGAUGAGGAAGAAGAAGAGUCUAAAAGUUCAGCGGCUGAAGAAACACAUGUUAUAGAAAAAACAGAGGAGCACCUCUCUGAGCAGAACUUUGAUAGUGACAGCAAAAGGAAGAAAAAAGAAACAACUGUGGAAGCAGAAGUAACCGAGCCAACAUCUGAACCCAAAAAGUGGAAUCUGCGUAGGAACAGACCUUUAUUGGACUUUAUAACUAUGGAAGACCUUAAUGAUAUUGAUGACUAUGACAGUGAGGAUGACAAUGACUGGAGACCCACUGCUGGAAGAAAGAAAGGAAAAGUUGCCACGCAGAAAGGAGGAAAUGAUGGUAGUGCUGCUGCUGAUGAAGAUGAUGGAAGCUGUAGUGAAGAUGAUGACAAUGAUGAUGAUGAUGAUGACGAUGACGACGAUGACGAUGAGGAAGAUGAGGAUAGCAGUGAUAGUGAAGAAGAGAGCAAGAAAAAGAAAAGUAGACUUAAAGCUCCUAGCAGAAAUAGUGGUGAUGAUGAUGAAUUGACCAAUGACAGCUUUACUCCUUCACAGACUAAAAGCAAUGAGGUAAGUACUUUUAUAACACUACUAUGUAUAUUGUCAAAAUACAACAAUAUUUUCUUUUUAUCUUCUAAAUUGAAGUAA